ACUCUCUCUCUCUCUCUCUCUCGUGCAGACACAAAACUCUCUCCCGGCGUCGCCACAACUCUCUUGUUUUAUCUUUUAAGCCAUGGAAGCUCGGAUUUUGCAGUCUUCUUCUUCUUCUUCUGGCUGCUUCUCUGGUUCCAUCAAACGGCACCGUUUCUCCUCCAUUUUACAAACUCGCAACCCUCUGGCUCUCUCCGUCAGAUUUCCACAAAAGACGACAAGAACAACAAGGGUUUUAUCCAUGUCCAAGAAAGAUGACGACAGGGAGAGUCUCAGUUACAAAGGCUCGGGUGUUGACAUCGAUGCCGGGACUGAGCUCGUUAGAAGAAUCGCUAAAAUGGCUCCUGGAAUCGGCGGCUUCGGUGGUCUCUUCCCAUUAGGUGAUUCUUAUCUGGUAGCUGGUACGGAUGGUGUAGGGACUAAGCUUAAGCUUGCCUUUGAGACUGGAAUCCAUCACACCAUUGGAAUCGACUUGGUUGCUAUGAGUGUGAAUGAUAUUGUUACUUCCGGUGCUAAGCCUCUCUUCUUCCUUGAUUACUUUGCUACUAGCCGUCUCGAUGUUGACCUUGCAGAGAAGGUCAUUAAAGGGAUUGUUGAUGGUUGUGGGCAAUCAGACUGUGCUCUCUUAGGAGGAGAGACUGCGGAGAUGCCUGACUUUUACGCAGAGGGAGAGUAUGAUCUCAGUGGGUUUGCAGUUGGGAUUGUGAAGAAAGACUCUGUUAUAAACGGGAAGAACAUCGUUGCUGGAGAUGUCCUUAUUGGCCUCCCAUCUAGUGGUGUUCACUCCAAUGGUUUCUCUUUAGUAAGAAAGGUUGUGGCUCGAAGCGGUCUUUCGUUGAAUGAUGAGCUUCCAGGUGGAUCAACUACCCUUGGUGAAGCUUUAAUGGCACCCACUACCAUUUAUGUGAAGCAGGUACUUGAUAUAAUCAGCAGAGGAGGAGUGAAAGGCAUAGCUCAUAUAACAGGAGGAGGUUUCACAGACAACAUCCCUCGUGUCUUCCCUGACGGUUUAGGUGCUGUUAUCCACACUGAUGCUUGGGAACUUCCACCAUUGUUCAAAUGGAUCCAACAGUCUGGGAGAAUAGAAGACAGUGAGAUGAGAAGGACGUUUAACCUGGGAAUAGGGAUGGUUCUGGUUGUUAGUCCUGAGGCCGCUUCGAGGAUACUUGGAGAAGCCAAGAAUGGAGACUAUGUUGCUUAUCGCAUUGGAGAGGUUGUAGAUCGUGAAGGUGUAACAUAUCAUUAGAUCCAUGUUUGUGGUUUUUUGUACCGACCAUCAUUGUGUUCUGAAUAGGACCGCGCGAACUGUGUUUCAAGUUUUGUGUGAGAGAAGAGGUGACCACUCUGUUUCACAAGUUUUAAUCCAUUUUUGAUACAGUUAAUGGUUUAUAUACACCAUUCAUGAUUCA